GAGGGCGGCGGCGGGACCGUGCCGUGGGAGGCGGGAGCAGCCGCCCCCGCUGCGGAGUGAGGGGGCUCCGCUCCGCGCCCCGCCCUGCCCUGCCCUGCGAGACCGGCUCCUGUGGCUGCAGCCGGCGGUGGCCGCGCUCGCCUCCCCGGGGCGGGAGGAAGGGGCAGCUCUGUGGCUCAGACCAGGCUGCUGUAAGGAUGGGUCCCCUGGAAGCAGUAGGUGAAGAAAACCAGACAGAUGAAAUGAAAAUGGAGCUGUUCACCAAGCUGUACUUGCCAAGAUACACCACACCGCUCAAUGAAUUGGCUCUGGACCCUAAACCAGAACUGAAGGACAGCACAACACUAGUUGAAGUGCAGAUAAUUCUCAUUUUUGCUUACUGCUCCAUCAUCUUGUUGGGGGUGAUUGGAAACUCCCUCGUGAUCCACGUGAUCAUCAAGUUCAAAAGCAUGCGCACGGUGACUAACUUCUUCAUUGCCAAUCUGGCUGUGGCCGACCUGCUGGUGAAUACACUGUGCCUGCCCUUCACUUUGGUUUAUACGCUCUUGGGCGAAUGGAAACUGGGCCCAGUGUUGUGUCACCUGGUGCCUUACGCCCAGGCGCUUGCUGUUCACGUGUCCACUGUUACUUUGACUGUGAUUGCUCUAGAUCGUCACCGCUGCAUCGUCUACCACUUGGAAAGCAAAAUCUCUAAGCGAAUCAGCUUCCUGAUUAUAGGAAUUGCCUGGGCAGUCAGUGCCCUGUUGGCAAGUCCUCUGGCCAUCUUCCGCGAGUACUCGUUGAUUGAGAUAAUUCCUGACUUCAAGAUUGUGGUUUGCUCUGAGAAGUGGCCAGGAGAGGGGCAGCUCAACUAUGGCACCAUAUACAGCAUCUCCAUGCUCCUGAUCCAGUAUGUGCUGCCGCUGGCAGUCAUCUCCUAUGCCUACACUCGUAUUUGGACCAAGCUCAAGAACCAUGUUAGUCCUGGGGCAGGGAGUGACCACUACCACCACCGGCGUCGGAAAACCACCAAGAUGCUGGUGUGUGUGGUUGUGGUGUUUGCUGUCAGUUGGCUGCCGUUUCAUACCUUCCAGUUAGUCAGUGACAUUGACAGUCAGGUGUUAGACCUGAAAGAGUACAAACUAAUCUACACAGUGUUUCAUGUCAUUGCCAUGUGCUCAACGUUUGCUAACCCCCUUCUCUAUGGCUGGAUGAAUAACAACUACAGGACGGCGUUCCUCACAGCCUUCCAGUGUGAACAGCGGCUGGACUCCAUCCACCCUGAAGUAUCAGCAGCUUUCAAAGCCAGGAAGAAACUAGAAGCAAAGAGGAUUCAAUUCCCUGGGGACUCUUUCACACAACCUACCAAUGUCUAAGAUGUCUGACUUUAAAGAAGAAAUCAAUAUGUGGUGGACAAAGGGAUAAAUCCAUUUUGAUACAUGCAUUUUUAAUGCAUAGUUUUAUUCACAAAGAGUGAAAGAAAAGUAGCAGGAAAUCAAGGCAGGUGCUAUGGUCUGGGGGGAGUUGAUUGAUAUCACGAGUAUGUAACUAUAUGACUACAAGGAAAUAAAAGGGAGAGGCUUUGUUUAUGGCUGUCUCUAACAGAGUAAGAGACCCUUCUAUUCCUCCCAUAUCUUUUUGAUAAGUCUAAAUGACAAGGGCAGAGUGUGCUGGUUUUGCUAGAGGAAGGCAAUUUGUAGCACAGGAAUACUGAUGAUGGGAGCAGGUAGUUUUUAUAUUGGAUGUGGACAUCAGGGAGAGCAGAAGUCUGCCAGGACAAAGAAGCCUGUCUGGGUGGGAAUGGGCUGUGCUGGUUAAAGCUCAAACUUUUCAGGUCCCUUCUCUCCCACAGGCAUCUUUACAAAGACAGGGGAAUUAAGAAGAGAAAUACAUUAUUUUUUUUAAACUUGUACUACAGUGGUUCAAACAUUUGAAGUACAUUAGGGGGUAAAAAAGAAGAAAAGGAAAAAGGAAAAAAAAUCACCAUACCCACCCAAACAACACAUUCAAUGUGAGGAAAGGUUGUUUCUAUAUAAAAUAAAUUGUGGGUUUUGGUCAGCCAAAUGGGGUGAAAAGUUAUUCCUUAAGAAUUGGCUGUUAUGCUGGUGAGAAAAUCACGAGCCUGUGACUUAUCAGUCAUUCCCUGCAGAUUCCUCCCUUUCAUUCUCCUCUGGAAACAGUUCACAAAUGCAGUGUUUUAAAGUGGCAUUUGAGGGCAGGGAAUGCAGGCUCAGGUCUUUUGUGAGCACUUCAUAAACUGCCAAUAUUUUCGUUUUCAGGACCUGCUUAAAUGUCUAAUGUGUUAUUAACUCCACAGGCUUUGAAUUGUAGCUGCUUUCUGCCUGGAUAAUAAAACAGCAGAUAAUUUUGAUCCUCUGGAAAGGCUGUGAGAUGGUAAAGUGCUUUUCAUUAUUGUGGUUUUAUGUCACAUACUCAUCUCGUCUUGGAGCUUUUUCCAUCUUUAGUCUUUGCAAAAAUUAAGAAAUUCUGAAUGACUGUAACCUAAUAACAGUGUGCUAUGUUUAUGUGAUAACAGUUAUUCUGCAUGCUGUAGUUAAUAGUUAAAUUCCUUUUUUUGCUCAGGUAUAAAAUUUUAAUCUGUUUACUGUGUUGCACACAGCAAUGUUCAACUCUUCUAUGUCUUCGUUCAGCCUCUUUGAACUCAUUAAAGAGAUGAAGAAAAUUUCAA